AAAGCCGAAUGAAACGGCGGUGUACUUUUUUCGUAUAUUGCAUGUUUGCUGGGAUAUUCUUCUGUACCAAUGAGCAAAAUACUAUCGACCAUUAGAAUAACCACGAAAUUCAUUGAGUUGACGAAAAAAACGACUAGAGGUAUAAAAGGCGAUUUCCAACAUAGCAUCAACAUCAGUACGCGUCUAAAAUUCGCAGCAAUACAAAGUGUUUUGUGGAGUUUUCUGGAAUCCAUCUAACAGCAAUGGCAAAGUUCAUAAUGAUUCUUGCGCUCCUCGUUGCAAUUGUUGCGCUAACAAGCGCGCAGCAUGGUCAUGGACACCAAGGAUUCGGGGGUGGGGCCGGACAUGGACAAGUUGGUGGACACAGUGGAGUUGGCCAAGGCGUCGGAGGUCAUGGAGCCCAAGCUCAUGGAGGCGGACGUCAAGGACACGGACAUGGUCAUGGCCAAAGUCAUGGUCACGGACAUGGGCAUGGACACGGCAGACAUUAAUUUAAUAUAUGAGAAUUGAAUAAAUGUGAUUACCACGACUUGGAUGUUUUAUGAAUAAAUUAUCGACAAAAGCCAA